GGGGUUUUUCCCUCUGCCGCGGAGCAGCCGUGGAGUGUCUGCAUGCUCAGAGGGUGUUUCUAAAUCCACUCUGGUGCCCGGUGGUGAAUGGCCUUGAGGGAACCCAGGACCAGGCUGAGGGUGGUCUACACAACGGAAAGGGCAGACGGAUUCAGGCGUUGGGGACACGAGGCUCUCGGGCCUGGCUUAUGAUUGCUGUGGGUCCCCUCCCAGGCGUCUCUUCGGAAGACUCUCCGUGGCCCCGGGCUCCCAUCCCACCUGCCCGUUAGGCGCACGGGAGACAAGCUCAGAGGACCCCUCUCCCGGAGGUCCACCGCAGGAGAACCCCAGCACUGCCGCCCCAGCUCCCAGGAGACUGCUCCCCACCGCCCCCGCGCUGCCGCUCCGGGUAGUGAAGACCGAGAGUGGCGCGACGGCGCGAACCUGGCGCCAACCCCAGGCCUGGCUUUUCCACCGUCAGCCCUCUCCUGCCUCCGUCUUCCGAGGUUGCGUUUCUAAAAGCGAGGCCUGGAACCGGUCCAGGCCUUCUGCCCUCCUGUUCCUACUUCGACCGCUCCCCUACCCCGCCCCCGCACCUCUUGCCCCCAGCCCCUGCCCCUCUGUCGCCUCCAGGGUCGGCUGGGGUCAGAGUGGGAAACCCCCUCGGGAAACCCCCGGGGAGCAGCUGGAGGAGGGGAAGCGGGGUCGCGGGGUCGCGGGGCGGCGGGAAGGAGCCCAGGACGCCACUAUUUAAGCCACCGCCCGCACGAGCAAGGGACAGAGCCUGGCCGAGCAUGGAGCGGGGCCGCGCCCUCCUGCUUCCCCUCCUUCUGGGGCUGCUCCAGCCCGGCCGCGGUGGGCCGCUGGAAGUGGAUCCACCUGAGAGCCAGGUGGCGAUGGCCGUGGGAGAGUCGCGAAACUUCACCUGCCGCAUGACCUGUGCGGACGGCAGGGCGGCCUCGGUGCUGUGGCGGGGCCUGGACACCAGUCUGGGCGCCGUGCAGUCCAGCGCGGGCCUCAGCGUCCUGUACGUGAUCAACGCCUCGCUGUCUGCGGCGGGGACCCGCGUGUGCGUGGGCUCCUGUGGGGACGUGGUCCUCCAACACCGGGUGCGGCUCCUGGUAUUUGCCUUCCCUGACCAGCUGAGUGUAUCCCCUGAGGCCGUAGUGCCAGGGAGGGACCAGGAGGUGGCCUGCACGGCCCACAACGUCACACCUGCUGGCCCUGACACCCUCUCCAUGUCCCUGCUCCUGGGGGGUCGGGAACUGGAGGGAGUGGAAGCCCUCCCGGAUAUGACUGAGGAGCCCCAGGAAGGCGAGGACCCGCUGUUCCAAGUGACCCAGCGCUGGCUGCUGCCCGCCUCAGAGACCUCCAGCCUCCACACCCUCCAGUGCCAGGUGACCAUGAGGCUGCCCGGCCUGGAGCUGACCCGCCACCGGAGCAUUCCAGUCCUGCAGGGCCUGACCUCCCCGGAGCCCCCCGCCAUGACCCCAGCAAAACGCAGCAUCACAGCAUCUCCGGAGCCCACUGAUACAACCACCCCAGAGCCCUUUGUCAUGAAGCCCCCGAAGCCCCCCAUCACCUCCCCCGAGCUGGCCUCCACCUACAGCCCCACAAGUCCUGGCCCCACGCCCAGGAACAGCUCCACCAGGCCGUGCCUCCCGGAGAUCCACCAGUUGUCAGCAUCAGGGGCUUUGGAGCUGCUGUGCGAGGUGCCCUGUGGUCCCGGCAUGGCCGUGCGCUGGACCCAGGCCCCUGGCGGGCUGGAGGCCUACGAGACGCGGGAGGUGGGGGCCCAAGCUUGGCUGAGCAGCAGGAGCAUGCUGUGGUCCGGGUGCCAUCCUGAGGGCUGGUUCCAGUGUCGCCUGGACCCUGGGGGCCACACAGCCAACCUGUAUGUGGUCCCGGAAAUCUUUUCAGGGAACCUGGUCACUCUGUGAGCCCUUAGCAGGCUUUGCCGGGCUGCUCCCCAAGCCUGAAGAGGGCUGCAGGAUUCCAGACGCCUCUCUCUCCAGGCUCCCCGACAAUGUCAGCUGCCCUGUGGACCAGCAGCUUGGCGCUGGGGCUCCUUCUCCUGGUGUUCCUCACCUACCGCCUGUG